AUGGCGACCUCGACCGCCGCCCGGGCUGCACCGCCCUCCCUCGCCCUCCCCGGCCAGCUCCUCGGCCCUGCAUCCAAAUAUCAGCCAGGGCCAGGCACACACGUGCACGAAUCGCACCUGUACUCAUCCCUGCUCGGCACCGUCCACGUCACCCAGCCAGCGAAAGCGCCCGGGCCAGCGAAGCGGUUGACAAAAAUCACACCGGCUCCCGCGCCCGCAGAGCUGCCAACCAUCUCGGUCGUCAGGACGGCGCCGGGGAAGCACCGCGAGGUGCUGCCCGAGGUGGGCAACAUUGUGCUCUGCCGCGUGAUCCGCAUCACGCCGCGCCAGGCCGUCGUCGCCAUUCUCGUGUGCGGGGAUACCGUGCUGGACGCCGAGUGGCAGGGUUUGAUCAGGGUGCAGGACGUGAGGGCGACCGAGAAGGAUCGCGUCAAGAUCUACGAGAGCUUCCGGCCGGGGGAUAUCGUUCGGGCCGAGGUGAUUUCGCUAGGUGACCAGGCCAAUUACUACCUCUCGACGGCGCGCAACGAGCUGGGUGUCAUCCUAGCUACAAGCGAAUCUGGGAACACCAUGUAUCCGGUGAGCUGGAAGGAGUUUCGAGAUCCAGAGACGGGCUUGGAGGAACUCCGAAAGGUCGCGAAGCCCUUCUGA